AUGGAUCAGAAAUUGCGGAGUGAUGCUUCAAGCAACCCGGCCUGGGUAACAGUCGUUGAGGAGCAUGCAGAUCAUGGUAUUACGGUUGAGCCACAUGGCGUUGAACGGGGAGAUAGGCGUACUGCUUUAUCCCAGAGGCGAAACCUCUACUUCGUUGCGUACUCCAGUCGUAUCCACGUGUAUCAACCUAGCCGUGGACAAAUGAUCGGGUCAAGACCAGCACUUAUACUAACUCCAAAAAUGGCACGACCUGAUGCCCCGGGUUAUAUUGCUCCCAAUAUCCCACAUGCUAUCAAUCAGAUAACUGUUGGUGACCUUGGAUCUGACGAAAUUCUACUUUUGGCAACGGACUCUGGAAAUGUGGCCGCUUACAGAACAGAACAUAUUUACUUGGCUAUUGAAGGACGCCGCGUAGAAGAUACUGAUCCAAUCCAACUAGGCAACGGUGUAGCAUGCUUUUUUAGCGAAUGGGUUACGCAGAGUGCCUGGGCUUUAGCAAUUCAUAAAUUUGCCAGGAUGAUUGCUGUAAGCUCAAACACUACAACUAUCACUAUUUUCGCCUUUGCGUUAGUCGAGGAUACAGAGACAGCAUACACAGCCCAGGGGAACUCGUCCUCUGGCGCCGCCAACCCAAAGGUUUAUAAUAACGACUGGAUUCAUAUUGCCUCCCCUUCAGAAUUUAUGAAACUACGGAGCUGGUCGCGGCAACGCCGACGUGCUCAAAACAUUCGGCUUUCAUUAUUAGGACAUGCUGCAAAUAUACCCAACGUUUCAUUUCUGAACUGUGAUCUAGAUCCUCAUGGAGACUGGCUGGUCAGCACGGAUAUUAACAAUAAACUCCUCGUUUGGAAGAUCUGGGAACGCUUUCGCCCAGUCAACCACUGGGAUUUUUACCCCGCCGAAGACCAGCAUUAUGAUGAUUUGUUUGAUGACCGUCAACGUGGCUGGAGUGUUCUCGCCCUUGACCCUAGGUCUUUCCGAAUGAAAAAAGACCUCUUUGAGGCCUGUGGCGGCCCACCUCACAGGUUUCCCGAUAAGAAAGCCCCAUAUGACCUUAGCUUUCUAGCCGGUAGAGUCCAUGAUGCCACUCAAUAUUAUGAUUUCUUCUCGCCACGACCCCCCGCAAAUGAAUAUCAAAGCCAAGGACCUCCACCUGAUGAGCUUUUCCCUCUUACCCACUCUGAUGGCUCAGAUGGAGACUCUGGGGAGUUAUCUGGGCAUCGUGAACCUGCAACUCCUACAACUUCCCCUCUAGUUUACGAAGGAACAGAGAGACAAAAUGCUGGCCCCUCCACACCUGGGGUACAAGGGGCCCCAGAAAGCGCUUCUUCUUUAUAUACUUAUCACCACGCGGCUCACCAAACUGCAUCUACAGAUCUUUUGAAUGAUAACAAUAAUUUGAGUGACUCUGGCGAUGAGGAUAUUGAAAUCGAUUAUGGCGAAGACGACGAGGAGGACGACGAGGAGGACGAAUAUGAAGGUGAUGAAAACGAAGAUGAUAUACAUGUCCAGGGCACCCAUAGUGACGAUGCUGUUGUCGACAAUGCGGACAUUAAUAUGGAUCCCAAUGAUGACGAUACUGAUAAUGCCAGCAGUGAAGAUUCUUCUGAAUCCGGUGUACAAAGUGGAAUUGCUGUACCACAGCCCGUCUCCCCCAUUGAUGAAGAUACCAACUCGGAAUCUGAUGGCUUGGACAAGCCUAAUGAUACAGGAAGGCUGCUGGCAGAAGACCACCCAGAUUUUGACCUCUUUAGUGACUUUCCAAUUCUUCAUUUCUCUGAAGCUCAUAUUCGAAUGCUCCCAGGCCCUUUUUCUUACGGUCCAUCCGUCAUUUUUCGUGCCGCUCUAUCACAAGUUGUAACAAACCCUGUACAGUUUAUAGAAGCGACUGACCGCUUCAACAUGGCUCUCCAAAUUCCUGACCUUGGUAUUGUUGUUGCGGCCUCCCAGAAAGGAAGGGUUGCCGUACUUGGCCUUACGGAAGUACCUAAUGAGGGAAAGGUAUUUAGAAUGGACCGCAUACUCCCGUUUGCAAGUCAAGAACGCAAUCGGCUUCGCCCAUUAUGCCCGUUACUUGGAAUUGCUGCUAGCCCAGUUGCCCCACAUCUAAUCCCGCCAGAGAGUCCUUCAGAUGAUUACGAAGAUGCAUACCCUAGGAGAUAUGAUUUUGAUGUCCACAAAUCCAAUAAUCACAGUAGCUCAUCGAGCCAGCGCGGAACCAGUGCCCACUCACACCGUGCUGAAGGUGAACCGGGUAAAUCGUGCUUGCGUGGAAAGCAUUGUACUUAUGUACCCUUUAAUGGAGGACCAAGGAAAGAAAAGUGGCAUGGAAUCGAAUAUUCCCGCCGUUAUCGCCUUUUCUUAACAUACUGUGACCAUACAAUCCUCCAUUACGAGCUUUACUAUGACUGGCCAAAGGAACUUAGGGGACCAGAAGCACAGAUGGCAUAUCAUAAAGACGAACCAUUCAUACUUAGGCCAUAG